GUCCCACGUUUUCCUUCCAGCGUGCAGAACAGUCUGUGCAGCUUCAUUGCGAUCGCGAGUCAGUUGGGCGGGCACUUGUGUUAUUAUCCAGUUCGAAUUAUAGCUGCGAAUGGAUUAAUAUAUAUUAAAAAAACAUAUUCUUAAAGAUAACGUGACACCACUACUGUGCAAUUGUAUACAACUGGAACGCAAGAUACUAUUUAAACAGACACAUCGAGCUUGUUAUUUCGUCUUAACGUGAAGUUUAAAAGUGGCUGAGCAAUUAAGAGAAACUUUUUUUGGUGUAUACGUGUAAAGGUUACGAACCUUUUUUUAACGGCUGUUUAAACUCGUUGAAUUUUUGAUAAAAUAAACAAGAGGCAGUUCGUUCGUUCGUGAUCCAUCUGUGAGGUUUAUAAGGAAUUACGAAUUAUGGAAGAACCAGUAGCUGUGAACGGAGUGCAGGAUGUGAACAAAGCUUCUGCUGGAAAUAUCUAUUACGAUUUGGACGGUGAAGGAGAUGCCGAUAGUUCCACAACACCUGGAAAUAUCGUAGACCAUCAUCGUGAAAGAAGCGAGAGUCCUGUCUUUGGUCUCGAGGGUGGCGUCGCUGGGGUCGGUGGUGGGACAUCCCUCAGAUUGGUGCCCCAUGAACUUCCCAAUGAAAUUUCAGCGCCGUACGAAGUGCCACAGUUUCCCAUUGAACAGAUCGAGAAGAAGCUACUCAUUCAGAGGCAGCUUACUGUCAAAGCCGCCAAGGAUCUUGAAGAGCGUCGUAGCCACUACGAACCAUCGUUGGGUCCAGGUGUACCGGAUGACGCGGAACAUCCCUUCGGUCUAGAGGAAAAUGACUUCGUGCCGCAUUUUCAACGUGUCUCCAUAUCCGGGGAGGAUACGUCGGGGGUACCAUUGGAGGAUCUUCAGCAAGCAUCGCAGAUGCUUGUACAGGCGUUGGUAAUUCGUGAAAAAUACAUGUGCAAUUCGAAGCAGAGCUUCCCUUCGAUUACGUCGCGAUUUUUGCGUAACGCCGACGAAAGGCCAUUCAAUAUCGACGACGAAGUCCAGCAUGAUGAUCGCAAAGAUAUAGCAGAUCAUCCUGUGCAUGCGCCGGCAUCGCGUGGCGAUCCUUGGGAAUGUAAAUUUCCACCGUCCAAGAAUUAUAAGAUAGCGCCUAUCAACGGGGUGUUCAAUUUGUUCGAGACCGAAGAGGAUCUGAAAAAUAAGAAACCUGUGCCGUAUUCCUAUCCGGAUUUGGCUACGUUUGUCAGAGACAUGAACAUACUGUGUACUAUGAUCGCCGAUGGACCCCUCAAGUCUUUCUGUUACAGAAGAUUGAGUUAUCUCUCGUCGAAAUUUCAACUUCAUGUACUACUUAAUGAGCUUAGAGAACUUGCUAGUCAGAAAGCAGUUCCGCACAGGGAUUUCUAUAAUAUACGCAAGGUUGAUACUCAUAUUCAUGCGGCUUCCUGUAUGAAUCAGAAGCACUUGCUCAGGUUCAUUAAAAAGACCCUGAAGAAUCACGCAGACGAAGUUGUCACGUGCUCGAAGACUGGAGAAACCAUGACACUGCGUGAAGUGUUUCAAUCGAUGAAUUUAACGACCUACGAUCUCAGUGUCGACAUGCUCGAUGUGCAUGCAGACAGGAAUACUUUUCAUAGAUUCGACAAAUUCAAUGCCAAGUACAAUCCCAUUGGUGAGAGUAGGCUUCGCGAGGUAUUCCUAAAAACUGAUAAUUAUCUGAAUGGCAAGUACUUUGCCAGAAUAAUUAAAGAAGUGGCAAGCGACUUGGAGGAGUCCAAGUAUCAAAACGCUGAAUUGCGUCUGUCUAUUUAUGGCAAGAGUCCCGACGAGUGGGACAAACUUGCACGAUGGGCAAUUCAAAGUGACGUCUACUCGGACAACGUGCGCUGGCUCAUACAAAUUCCUCGACUCUAUGAUAUCUUUAAGCUGAACAAAUUGAUGUCAAACUUCCAAGAAAUUCUGAAUAACAUCUUUCUACCUCUCUUUGAGGCGACUAAUGACCCUAACACACAUCCGGAGUUGCACAAAUUUCUUCAAUACGUCAUUGGCUUUGACUCGGUCGAUGAUGAGAGCAAACCGGAAAAUCCUCUCUUUGAUAAGGACGUGUGCCCUCCAGCUGAAUGGGAAGACAUAGAGAAUCCUCCAUACGGAUACUAUCAGUAUUACACAUAUGCGAAUAUGACAGUCCUUAAUCUCUUCAGGGCAGAACAAGGCUUCAACACUUUUGUCCUGAGACCUCAUUGUGGAGAAGCCGGUCCAAUUCAACAUCUGGUUUGUGGUUUCAUGAUGGCGGAAAAUAUCUCUCAUGGUUUGCUCCUGAGGAAGGUUCCGGUAUUGCAGUAUCUCUAUUACUUGGCUCAAAUUGGAAUAGCCAUGUCACCUCUGAGCAACAAUUCUCUCUUCUUGAACUACCAUCGCAAUCCACUUCCUGAGUAUCUCGCGAGAGGACUGUGCGUCAGUUUGUCGACUGACGAUCCACUUCAAUUCCACUUCACUAAGGAACCACUGAUGGAGGAGUACAGCAUUGCAGCUCAAGUAUGGAAAUUAAGCUCAUGCGACAUGUGUGAACUUGCAAGAAAUUCUGUUCUGAUGAGCGGAUUUCCACAUAAGAGCAAGCAGUACUGGCUGGGUCCGAAUUACACGAAGGAAGGUGUCGCGGGCAAUGACAUAACCAGAACCAACGUACCGGAUAUCCGGGUGGCCUAUCGUUACGAGACACUUCUCGACGAGCUUUCCAACAUUUUUAAGAUGGCCACAAUGAAGUACGCCAAGAGAACCGCGAGAACUUUAGGCCUGGUUGAUUUCCCACUAAUGUGAUCCGCCAUCCUAACAACCUUAUUCCUCAUCAACAUCCCCACCAUCUAAAUAUUCCAACUGUCAUCAACCAUUUCGUUAGCCGACUAUAUCAGGACAAGAUCGGCCAUAUUCUCCUCUACUGGUGUGACUCCAUAUUGAUUCUUUAAACGAAAAAUUCCAAAGGACAGAAAAAUCUGUAUCUGGAUAAUAAUCGAUUUAUCUGUAAUAGUAUGUAUUAUCUACCUAAUUGUAAUGAAUCGUUCUCCACUGUGUGAAGGUUUGACAAAGGAUAAAAGAACGAAAUAGAUAGAAUUUGGGACUGGAAUGCUAAAAAGUCCCUUACAGCAAUGUUGACCAAUUUAAAAGUAGCUUUUAGCAACGGUAACUCCAUAGCGUCGGGAUGGUAUGAAACGCGUAUUUGACUUGUUAAUGCAUGCGGCCAAAAGUCAUCUUACGUUUUACGUUGCGAGCUGGUAGCUGGUAGUUACGUUUAUUUGUGUAAUGGCACGAGAGCCAUUAUAAAAAAAAAAGUGAUAAUCCAUUUGCUUUUGUGUUAAUUGAAUAUUUACCUUUAUUAUUUUGUUAUAUUUUUGUACGUUUAUACCGUAAUUGUGUAUGACGUUUCAUUGGUUUUAUUAUAGGGAUUUACGUGUGCGUGGCUCGCGAUUGAAUAGACAACUUUUGUACUCUGUUGAAUAAAAUUUCCUAUUAAAUUCAAGGCAACUCGAGGUCGAAGCUCAUAUAAUAUUAUAUAUAAUAAUAUGAUAGGCAGUAAAUAUGCCCUUUGACAUUAAUUUUCAUUUGUGUAACAAACAUAUUUAAAGGAUUUUCAAUUAAUUUAACAAUUGUUUAAUUGAAAAUAAUUUCUGUGCUUUUUGAUCGCGAGCCUCUCUAUCGAUGGAUAAGUUUCCUUAGGUAUUACCGAUGUGAUCCAAUAUUUAAAUGAAAUAAUUGUCAGAUCGAUGGAAAAGAUCAUUUAUUUAUUGUAUAAAAUAUAUUCUAUAGAAAAAAAAAUAAAACGUAUAAAUAUACCUGUAACGUUAAAGUUUGAAAUUGUCAUUGAUCGCUGUUGAAACGUUAUGUCACAUUAACCCUUUGAAGCAUACAUUUCUUCUUACAUGCGAUUUUUAAAAAAUUGAUCUGUUGGGAUUAUCUUGAGUCGCUGAUUGUGAGAAUUUACAAAAUCAAAUUUAUACAUUUAACAUUGUGGAACGAAAUUAUAAGAACUGUUAGAUUUAUACGAAUAGGUAUGAAUUUUUACUUACGAGGCAUUGCUCUUCUGCAACGCGAUGUUUCAAAGGGUUAAAUUUUUUUAACCUAUACAUGAUAUAGUGUUCGUUGAUUUAUAAAUUAAUUUCACGAUAACAGAAUAAAUUAGUUAAGAUCUCAUAGAUUUCAUAAUUCAAUUAUGAUGGAUGAUUCAUCUUAUCAUGGAGAUAAAUGUUAAUCAUUAUAUUGUAACAUAAAAAUCGACUGUACUUUAUCUCUUAGAGCUGUACAAAACAAAUUAAUUUCUAUCUGAAUUGCCUAUUAGUUUUUUAUGAUGUUCUUAUUCGAGCACUUAGUAAUUCGUGUUAUUAGCCAUUUUUUGCAGAAAUUUUCUAUGUAAACACACACUUAUUCUCGUUUUAAGUUUCAUUUUUACGCUUUGUUAAAUGAACACGCUCUAAAACCUUUCAUUGAAUAAAGUAAACUGUAACUGUCGUCA